AUGGAAGCGGUCAUAGGAAGGCUUGCCGCGGAGAGUAUACAAGGGGGGCGGGAGCGAGCAAGGCUCGUCAGUGUUCUUCAUGAUCUCAGUCUUUGCUUGUCUGUUCGCGCUGCGGCCGAGGUGUGCUCUCCGACCCAAUGUAUUCCAGGCACCUUCAACACCACCCUGGGGGCAUCCUUCUCCUCUGUCAUUCUUUUACCAGGAACAUACUCUUCUGACUCGGCUGCCUCUAAACUUGUAUCGAUAUCCGAUCCUCCUUCAACACCUUCCGGAAUAAUCAUUUCCAACUCGUCAUCGUUCCCUUAUACCGUCUCCGUGUCUUCUGGUGCUCUUGCGUUUGGGGCAAACCACUAUGUCGGCGAUUCAAUCCUCGUCGCUUUGUCAUCAAACCUGUCUUCUCCUCGUCUACCAGCGUCUGUGGCUGUUCCCCCCAAUACUGCUGUGACUUUUCGCUCGGCCUCUUCGCAGUCUUCCCUCGUUAUUUUCGCUUCCGUCCCUGACACGGCCCAGCUCCCCUUGACCGCUCCAGACUUGACCUUUUCCGCCGUACAGUCCACAUCCUGUUCUCCGGCGUGUGCAUCAGGAGGUGCGUGUACAGCAAAUGGUACAUGUGCUUGCGCGCAGGGGUUUUCGGGAUCUCAGUGCGAACAAUGCGCACCUGGCUUCUUUGGACCCACAUGCCAAAAGUGUCAAGACGCAUGCUGCGACGAUGGGAUGGCCGGUUCUGGAAAAUGCCUAGGCUCGAAGAACAAAACUUCAUCCGACAUCUGUGGGUGUGACAAGGGCACGUGUGGGAGCGAUGGAAGAUGCACCUGCAAUGCUGGCUGGGCGAGUCCCACGUCUGGUCAAAACUCAACCGUAAAGUGCAGCGUGUGCGCUCCCGGUUUCUUCCAAGAUGCUUCUGGUGAAUGUCAAGUGCGUCCCUUCAACCGGCUCUACCACUACGACCUGCCCCGACGGCCAAUUUCUCGACCCUGCGACUUCGACUUGCUCCUCAUGCUCUCCCAUAUGCAAGACUUGUACUGGGCCCCUAUCAAUCCACUUGCCCUUCAACCUGUACUUCUUGCUCCAUCCCAUCCUUUUCUGUCGUUUCGACUCCCGCCCAGAUCACCUGCUCCGCUUGUCUUCCAGGCUUCGUACUCACGCCCUCUAAACGAUGUGAACGUACCUGUCCGGCAGGAACCUUUGUCAGUCCCCAAGAUGGAUUCACGUGUACUCCGUGCGAUGGAUCUUGUGCCGAAUGCGCCGGAGAUGCUACAUUUUGCACUGCCUGUUCGGGAGGUCGCGGCGCGCUGGAUGGGAAGUGUGUAG